AUGUACUUCAAUUCUAUCGCUCUCACCACCGCCCUGCUGGCAGGCUCCAGCAUGGCCGAGAUCAUAUGGGACGGCCGCUUCACCGACAAGUCCGCUGCAGAGAUCGACAAGUGGUCUUGGAACAACCAGGUCGGCGCCUACCAAUACUACAUUCACGGAACUGGUGCAACCACCGACUACAUCAACAUCAGCCCUGACUAUGCCAACCCUGCCGACACCUCAUCCUCGGAUGGUGCUCGUAUCACUGUCGAUGGCACAUCCUCAUGGAACGGCCAAAGCAUGAUGCGCACCGAGCUGAUCCCUUCCACCAAGGCCGCCAUCAACAAGGGCAAGAAGUACUACCACUUCAGUCUCAAGCGUAGUGCCACGAACGCACCCGACACCACCGCUGAGCACCAAAUCGGCUUCUUCGAAUCCCACUUCACCGAACUCAAGUAUGGAAUCGACGGCAGCAAUGGAAAAUUGCAAUGGAUGACCGACGGCAAGGCCCAAUUUGACAUGGACUUUGAAGCCAAUGUGUGGAACAAUGUUGCCUACGGUAUUGACUUUGACGCCAGCACGGUUGAGUUCUACCACUCCACUGGUGGAGAUAAGUUGGUUUCCAAGGCUGGUCCCAUGAAGGCUUCUGUCAGCUCCAACGGCGCCGAUUGGCAUGUCGGUGUGCUCAAGUUUUCCAAGACCAAGGAGGAUUGGUUCUUUAGCAGUGUUUACAUCGAGGAUGGCGAGUUGACAACUUCGAUCUCUGGCUCUUCUGGUGGUUCAGCUCCUGUCAAGGCCUCUUCUACCUCCGCUGUUCCUUCCAAGGCACCUGUCACCACAACCUCGUCAUCUGUCGCAGCUGUCAAGACCACGGCCAAGACUGCUCCCACGUCUGUCGCUGCUGUUUCGAGCUCCUCCAGCGCUGUCCCUACCACUCUGCAGACCAUGACCAAGUCUACUAGCCCUAUCGUCAUCUCCUCGACCGCUGCUUCUUCUGAAACCAAUGACGCUGGGUGCACUGUCGAGUACGUCUAUGUUUAG